CAGACGGACAAAAAAAGGAUGCCUCCGUCGCCCUUUGAUCGGUCUCAGCUAUAAGCUGAUAUGAUUCUCAGCUUUGGGCAGUUCACCAACGUAAAAAGUCUUAACCGAGGAUAGCAAGCCUAACAAUGCCAUCCCAAUCCCAAGCUUCGGACCCCCGCAGACACACGAAGCGGUGCUUCGUGACAGUCGGGGCGACAGCGUCUUUUGGCUCUCUUAUUUCAUUUGUUCUGGAUGAAUCUUUCUUGUCUGCACUCCAAAAAUUUGAAUAUACCCAUUUACGUAUUCAGUAUGGCAAGGAUAGCCGGUCCAUCUUUGAGAACUUCCUCCUUAACCACCCUCCCGGGACGGCAGGACGUCACGGUAUUCAGAUUGACGGGUUUGACUUCAACCAAGCUGGUCUCGAGCAGGAGAUGCGCCUGACCAAGGAAGACGCAUCCGGGAUGAUCAUUAGCCAUGCAGGCUCUGGGAGCAUCCUCGAGGCUCUACGACUGGGCGUGCCUCUUGUGGUCGUCCCAAAUCCUACUCUCAAAGAUAACCACCAGGAAGAACUGGCCCAAGAACUACAGAGACAGGGUUAUGUUGUGGCUAGUCAUUACAAGGACAUUUCCGCCGCUAUAGGCCAAGCCGAGUCCCUACGUGAGCGCAUGUCGGCGUGGCCACCCAGUCGCGAUGAAAAACAAAAGGAUCGGCCGACACUAGCUAGUGUGAUUGCCGACGAGAUGGGCUUCCUUGAUUGACCGUAUUUUCUUGGUUCUUUGCGCCCUCAAGUCCGUUACUGAGGUUGGUUGUCUUCGAAGCGUUCACCGGGAGAACGCUAGCCAGUGACCAUGAUGGAACCGUAUUACGUCUUGGAUAUUUGGAUUAAAAGCUUGGUGCUUUCAAACUUCUAUUUAUAUACAUAAUUGCCCCGAUUAACCAGGGUCCCAUCGUUCUUGAAGCACCUGGACCAUAGUCGACGAUUUCGCAGUGCUUGGAUUAGGAUGUCUUUACAUGGAACAGUAUCAGCUUGUGCUUUUUCCCAUAGAUUCUAUUUAUGUAGCAAUAGAGCAAUG